CCUAGGCCCGAUCUGUUAGGUUGCGCACAUGCUGCAGUUUCAGUUUGUUUUAUUCACCAUUUUGAGUAGCUCAAGGUAAAAUUUUAACUAAAAUCGCGUUUGGAAAAGAAAUUCGUUCCCGUAUAUUUCGUUUUACGCAGUAGCUCGGGCGUUGGAACGUUUCGUUGCGCCCAUUGGAGUUGCAGAGCGGGACGAUUUCAUUUGUAUUUUCCUGGAUUUAAUUUCCCCUUUCUUACAUUCUUAACCUCUACAGUAUUUCUGCAAAAUGUCAAGACCAGUGAGGAACAAGAAGGUGGUGAAUUACUCACAAUUCCAGGAAUCUGAUGACGCAGAUGAGGAGUAUGGGAAGAACUCAGACAAGCCUAAGAAGCCUCGUGCGGCUCCUCGCGAGGUGAAGCGCAAGCGGUCAAAGAACUCUCAGGAGGACAGUGAGGAUUCUGAUGAAAAACUCUCCAAAUCCAAAAAUGAUUCAGCAGAUGACUUUGGCAGUGAUGAAGACAACGACUUUGGAGAGGAAGAUGAGGAGGAUGGAGGGAGCGACUACGAAGCUAAAAGAGGCAAAAAGGGAAAGACAGCCAAGGUGGCAAAGCCCACUAAGAGGACACCCAAGAGAAAACGACCCACAGAUGACAGUGAUGAGGAGGUGAGUCGUAAGGUGCGUACAGUGCGCCAGGCCGCCACCAAGGCUGUGUCUAAACAGAGAGAGAUCUUGCUGGGAGACGGAGGUAGUGAGGACGAGGAACGUGAAGACAAGGAGGAGGCCUUCGCAGACCCUGAUGAGUCGGGCAGUGAUGAAGACUUCAUGGUUGAGGAUGAUGAUGAUAGUGACUAUGGCCGCUCCAAGAGCAAGAGGAGCAGCAAGAAGGUGAUCAAACGGAGCCGGCCAGAAAGGAAGGAAAAGAAAUCCCCCAAACCACGACUAAAGGCCACUGUGACCCCCAGCCCAAUGAAAGGAAAGGGUAAAGGUCGCCCCAGUGCUGCCAAGGCCCUGGAGAAGAGCUCGCCCAAAGAGGAGGAAGAGGAGGAGCCAGAGAGCCCCCUGGAGGAAGAGGAGGAGGAGGUGGUGGUGAAGAAGGACUCCUCCCCCACUCCCAAGAAAACAAAGGAGGCACCCGGGAAGGAGAAGAAGGAAAAGGAAGAUGAGGAGGAGGAGGAGGAGGAAGAGGAGGACGGAUCGGAAGAGGACGUGCCCUCUGGGGAAGACUAGACCCACAGAAGUCCCACCUCUCUCUCUCUUCCCCAUUCCCUCUCUUUACCUUCUCAAGUUUUUUGUUUCUCUUAGUUUAGAGUUUAUUUUGGUUUCAUUGGUGGCCUGGCUCAAUGGUUUGAACCUCAUGUGGAUUUGUUGUUUAGUGUUUGUUGUUUAGUGUCUGGCUUCCCGUAAUGACUGACUUCCCGUAAUGACUGACUGACUGAGCACAUCGUAUCUGUGUGCAUAAGAACAUGCAUACCAUAUGGCUGUGAGGGAUGGAAGGAAAGAACAAGUGAGAUUUUACUCCCUCUCUCUGAACAUGUCCCAUUCCUCCAUCCCUGUCCCCUCUGCUCAUCUACACCUCUACUGGCACACCUCUCUUCUCUUUUUCAUCUCCCUCUCCACAGUGGCUGCAUUAGUCUUUCCUACACAAGUCUGUGUGAAGCUCAGAAAACAGUUAUUUGGGCUUUGUUAGUUUGCCUUUCUGAGAGCUCCGUGCUAGUGGACAUCUGUCCUCAACAGUCGCUUGAAGUGUAGAGUCAUUCCUUUUCUUUCUGCAGGCUGAUGGGUGUGCAAGUGAGCCUUCUAUUAAAAAAAAUAUAUAUAUAUAUUCUAGCAAUUUUCUUUAUCUGCUGAGUUCUCCAUUCCCCUCUCCAUGUAAUCUCUGGUCUGACAUGACUGGAUAGGUGAAAGCUAUGUAGUAUAACCCUUGCUUGACCUAUCUAGUAGUGAAAGAUCAGUGAUUACUGAGCCCUGGGCCUGUCUGGGUUAGGGUUUCCAUCUCUAUCCUGGUUUCUCAGUGGACUGCUGUUGUCCAAUCAAAGCACUUUUUUAUUUUUAUUCACUGUGCCACAAUACCCAUUGGUUUAGUUACAGCCCAACGCUGACUAAUCAGAGAAGGCCACACUGGAGACUCGGAGGGAGGAUAUGUAAGCGUGUUAGAUUGUUCUCCCUUAGGUCCUGUGCCCACUCACCACAUAGCGCUGUGCCGACACUGACAAAGUGCUUUUUAAACUCUCAAACACAAUAUGUUUUAAGGAAGGUUUUACGGUUGUUAUUUUAAAUGUUAACUUGGUUGAAUUAAUGCUGUUGUAUUUCCACCUACUCCGAAGUUAAGCUCUGGCCCUGUGUCUUCACUAUAACACAUACACAAAGCUUGUUAUUGAAUAUAGAACUGUCCAGUCGUGCUUUGAGAUCAAUUGUUUUGAUUUUAUUAAAGCAAAUAGGCAGAAUAAUUGGCACGGGACAAAUAACAAUCAGCGCACACCCAACACAUUUUUACAUGAUAUUCAAUAUAACAGUACAUUCCUAGUACAAGGAACAGAGUUGAAGAUCACUUUGGAGUAGCUGUGUGUUAUUGUGCUUGAGACAGAGAGAUUGCUCUGAGCUGUAAACAGUUAAUUAUGUCGUGAGAGGGGGUCAUGGAAGCAGGUCUUAGAUCAGCCCUAAGAGAGCCUGUUUUUGCUGUGUGCUGGUACUACCCGUGUGUGGUUGUGAUGGAGCACACGCUCAGGGGGGUUGGUGUUUCCUCACCCUAGACCCUCUACCAUUGGUUUGUGGUUCUGAGAUUUUGGCUGCAUCUGUGCUGGGCAUGACACAAGCAUAAACCAUACACCCAUGCCAACACGCACACUACCCUGGCAUGGCCAGAGCAUCCUUUCAAUGUUCAACCCUUUGUGCCAGGCAUCCACAAGCCUUUUUAAUUGAAUCGAGAGUUGUUUUUUUGAGAGCCCCUAAAAUGAAUGUUUUGUUGGUUUGUUUCAAUUCUCUAUUCAGAUUUUUGUAAUGUUUGUUUUUUAAGAAAAUAAAUAAAAUGUAUCUUGAUUUUAAAAAGAAAA